CUCGAGGCCACGUGACCCCUGAGCCACGAGGGCGCGCCCCGUACUGUUAUGGCGGCCGGGCCGGGAGAUCGCAAUUCCGGGCCUGCAGCGAGCGUCCGCUUCUUCUGCACAGCGGGCCGCGGCUUGGAGCCCUUCCUGAUGCGGGAGGUGCGGGUGCGGCUGCAGGCCAAGCAGGUUGAAUAUGUUUCAGGAAAAGUUUUUUUUACCACCUGCUCUGACUUGAAUAUGCUGAAAAAAUUAAAAUCCGCAGAAAGAUUAUUUUUACUGAUUAAAAAGCAGUUUCCGUUUAAUGUUUCUUCUGUAAAUAAAGGAAAAAUAUGUAAUGAAAUGCAAAGACUUAUAAAUGAUGAUCCUGAGAGUUGGUUGAAUACCAUUUCAAUUUGGAAAAAUCUUCUUGAACUUGAUGCAAAAAAGAAAAGACUUUCUCAAAGAGAUGCUAACCUACUAAAAAGAAAAAUGGGAGAAAAUGACACCGUUAUCACUAAGAAAUUAAAAGCAGAACAAAUGCAAAAGACACAAGAGAAUAGGGAAUACCAGCUGGAAAAACAAGCAGAAGAGGAAACGCUGGCACAAGGGAAUUUUCUCACUAGCAGAGAAAAGCUUCAACUAGAAGAAUGUCAGAAUGAAGCAGCGGAGGCCGCUGGCACCCCCAGCCAGAAUGACUUGACUUUCAGGGUGUCUUGUCGCUGCAGUGGAGCCGUGGCGAAGACCUUUUCUGCGCAGGAGGUAGGAAGAAUAAUUGGAAUUGCUCUUAUGAAACAAUUUGGAUGGAAAGCAGAUUUGAGGGAUCCAGAUGUAGAGAUCUUUAUACAUCUAAAUGACAUUUACUCUGUCGUGGGAAUUCCUGUGUUCAGGGCUCCCUUGGCCAGCCGGGCUUACAUCAGGACCGCAGGGCUGCGGUCUACCGUUGCGUGGGCGAUGGCCUCCGUCGCUGAAAUUAAGGCUGGUGCAUUGGUUUUAGAUCCAAUGUGUGGACUCGGAACAAUACUUCUGGAAGCUGCUAAAGAAUGGCCGGACGCGCACUAUGUGGGUGCUGACGUCAGCGAUGCACAGCUGCGAGGUGCGCGUGACAACCUGAAAGCCGCAGGCCUGGAGGAUAAAAUCGCGCUGCUUCAAGUCUCCGUCGUAGAAUUGCCAUUGCCUUCAGAAAGUGUCGAUGUUAUUAUUUCUGACAUUCCAUUUGGGAAAAAGUUUAAGUUAGGAAAAGACAUCAAAAGCAUUCUCCGAGAAAUGGAAAGAUGGGAGUCUGGUGCCCAGAAAGAUGAACUUUCUCAAGAUCACACAGCUACUACUACACAACAGAGCAGUCACAGAAGGACCGUUCAGUGACACAGGAAGGACAAUGCCUUUAUUGUUGACAGUGCAGUGAAAGUGCGGAAGUGUUCUUCAUGUUGUGGUUGCUAAGGUUGACCUCGGGGAAUGUAACUCAGAGAAAGUGUUUCUCUGAGAGGUUCAAACAGUAGGUCCCGAAUCUGUAUUUUUAUGAUCAUUUAGUGUAUUAGAGUGAGGAGAGAGCCUAGAAUGCAUAGAGGAAUGCAAGGACGUGAAUAAGCGGUCAAUUCUUAUUAAAUUCUUUCAGCUGAGCAUUAGAUAGAGCAGGGCAACAUGAAUGUUCAACAGCCUGUAUAUAAAUCACAUCACCAAUUGGAAAAGCGAAUCAUGUGGGCCUGGGGUGGAGAAAUUCAGUGUCAGGCCUGACGUUCUGUAAGAAGUAAAGCUUGAUGGGAAGUCUUAGUUCAACUGAGAGUCAUCUCACCUCAUUCUUACCAGCUGGGUGCUCCUAACUUCUUUUUGGAGUAUCUUACUUCUAAGCAGCUUGCUCUGUUAAUACAGUUACCUAACUCUUGAAAUGUUGCCUGAGAUCUUUUUCGGGCAGCAGCUAUAAUUCAGACACUUCCUGAGCCCCUAUACUCCCUUCUGCCUGGUGCCACACCCCCCACAGCAGCUAUUGCAACCCUGACUUCCUGGUAAAAUUAUUUCAGGAGCUUUUGAAAAACACUGGUGCCCGCUCUCCAUCUCUCCUCUCCGAGGCUCUGAGGUCAUUGUCAGUGUUCCCUACCGCUCCCCAGCUGAUUCUGUUGUGCAGCCACAGUUAAUAACCACAGGCUUUGCAUCUGACUAGGUAUUAAUAAUUCACCAGCUGUACUCUUAAGCCAACUCACUAUUAUGUGUGAGUAGUGACUUACAUUUAACCUUGAUAGAACUUCCCAGAAACAACGGCUUAACCUGACUAACAACCGAAUGCUGCGUAUUUUAGGCAUCUUCACAAAUCAGUGGAGGGUGGGGUUUUGAGUAGUCAGUCCUUAUCAGCCUGACUUUCUCUUAGCUGGUUUUGGUUUUUCUAAGUAAUUGAAAAUGAGACAGUAAUAGAUAUGACUGCCCUCACAUUGUGGCAGUAAAUUUAAAUAUUUAUCUAAGAAUCAGGAAGAUAUUCAAAAUUUUCCACAUCAUUCAAGUGCCUCAGCAGGAUCAGUUUAAAGUGUAUGCAGUUGGACAUAAAGACCUUUUCCUGUGAUCAAGUGUCCUUGCCUCCUGCCCACAGCCGUUAUGGUUUGACCUGACUGUGGUUUGAGGUUUUACGCACCUUGAGAGAGUGGUGAAGAGUACAGGGCUCGAAGCCAGGUGCCUGGGUUCUAGCCUUAGCUCCGUUGCUAGUAGUUCUUCGAUCACAGGCCCAUUGCUUGGCCACUUUGUGCCGCUUUUUAAAAUAAUAGUACCAACUUUAUAGUGUAGUUCUGAGGAUUUGGUGGAUUUAAAUCUCUGAAACCUACAAAGUGCUGUCAGCUAACUGUAACUGUUAGCUCGUACCUGACUUUUUAGUGCAAACCACUUCAGGCCCUUUUCAGAAGUGGGUAGGAAUAUAUAGAAAUAUAUUUACACACAUGUAACUUUUCUCCCAGUGGUUUAUGAGUAGUUUAAGGCUAUAGAUAGAAAAUGGAAGGGAAAGGGAAUUGUGUGAGUAAAAAUAAGAAAAAAUAACAAGAGGCCAGUAAAGCUGUUCAUAAUAGGCAAGAAGUAGUUGGUCCUGUAUGUAAAACAGAACUGGACUCUUCGAGAAAGAACAUGCAAUCAGAAUUAAUGACUGUCAGACCAACGAUUGCUCUGGUAGUGUGAGCUCGCACUGUCGGCUCGAUUAUUUCCUGCUCUAAUUUAUUUCAUCAGCAACCAUUUCAUGAGGACAGAGCAUUGUGAAUAAUUCAGAGAAGUAUAAUAUUGUAACUUCCCUCUCAAAUAUAAUCUUGGAAAACAUAUGAGCAAAAUUAGAAAUUGAACUUGCUCACCUGGAAGUAAGAAGUCACUGUGUGCCCAAGAAGCUUGAGAUGGAUUCAUUGGAGAAGCAAGAUUUCAGUGAAAUUUAGAAGUUUGGAAAGAACAAGAAAGGAGACCAUGCAAUGUUUUAUACAUAAAGAUGUUCAAGAAGUAUUUCUUGAGUAAACGCUUCGGAAGGCGGGUGCUCAGAACAACAAAUACACCAGGUCGCUGUGAACGGAGAUUGGGGUGGAAGGUUAAAGCUUAAUGCAUUCCAAGGUCAAAUAAUUCAGGGCCAUUUGUACCCUCUACCCCUGGUCUUGCAGGUUCACAGGCAAAAGGGAAAUCUCUUUUCUGUUGUUUGACACAGUUUCCCCAACUUAUUGGCUAUAGAAUUCAUUUUCUACAAGAAGCCAUAUAUCAUACCAUUGCUAGUGUUCAGAGGAAUACAAUUCGGGAAGUGUUGCUUUAUAAACUCUAAAUAGUUUUCUUAGUAAAAAAAUUUUGUAUAUGAACAUGAAAAGAUGCCUAGAAGGAUAUUUAUCAAUAGUGUUCAUCUCUCAGUAGCAAGCUUUCAGGUGAUUUUUACUUUCUUAUCUCCAUUAUUU